UGUGUUGGUGUUUUGGUGCAAGACUCGGGCGGGUGUCCGUUGCUGGACAAGAGCUGUGUAUCGCGAUUGAUAUCUAUGUCAAAAGAUAAAAAAGGACAAUAAAAAUCGAGGAAAAGAAGUCCAUUCGUGAUGUAACUGAGUGUUGUUGCGGCCUGUUUUGAAGUGAUGUCUUUCGUACGUUUGUUUGUUACAUAAAAAGUUUAACAGCUCGAAUAAAUGCACAAGUGACAGAACGUGGCACGCAGGACGGAUCGCCUCCAUGACAAUAGCAGACUUAUAAGAUAUCCGGAAAGCAAAAAUGACUGAAGGCGAGGCAAAGGAAAGAAGAGAAAAGGAUGAAAAACUAGAGAGCUCGAACAGAGAGUGGGGAGGCGCGUGCCAUGACGAGGCUGCUGCGGCCCCCCGCGAAGAGGAGGCUGCCGUCCCAAGCAGCGAGGACGGCGGCGGAGAAGACGGACGGGAGGACGGCGACGCACACGAGGCGGUCGGGCUAAGUGGAGUGACAGACGGAGAAAGGAAUGGGAGUGGCAGAAUGUGUGAAAGCAGGGGAGAAGAGGCAGACGGAGAAACCAGAAGGAACAGGAAGCCAGAAGUCGGCGGAACCGAAGGGACUGAGUCGGAAGGCGAGGCGCAGGGCGAGCGGGAAGGAAACCCACCAGCCGACGGUGGCUGCAGCAGCACCGCAGUGGCCGUGGAGGAAGGAGUAUUCGGCGAUAUGACUCUGAACUUCAUUACGGGCAUGUCUGUCAUGAGGAACCUCUUCGCGUCCCUCAGCGACAUCCCGGAGGACUCGAACAGUUCCUCGUCGAACCUUUUGCCUUCCUUGUCUCUCCCUACCACUUGUAACGACUUCUCCCCCUUAUCCCUCCCCAGCCCAGUGACCGUCACUUCUCCCUUGUCCCUCCCCACCACGUACGUCGCCCCUCUCUCUGCUGUUUCCCCAGCCGCGCCCUCCACCUCCUGGAGCUCGCGCGUGCGACAACUGGUGAGGAAGUUCAGCGUGGGCGGCGGGGUCGGGCUGCUGGACAACGCGGGCCGAUUCCUCAACCGAUUCGUGCUCAGGAAAAGCAAGAGCCUCCCCGGCGCUCCGGUCUUCUACUACGAGAGCGAGGGUGAAGAGAAGGGAUGCGAAGUGUUCGAGACCGGAACGGAUAC